AUGACACUGAACGCUCCGGACUCUGGAAAGCAGUCUCCGCGUAUGGACUUGCUCGAUCCCUCUUUCGUCGCCGCAGUGCCGUCCCAGCCCGCAAAAUCGAUUGAGGAAGCUGAACACGCUUUCGCCAGACUCGAGCCAUUCCACCCAUCCUCAAUGGAUCUCCCUCUAGGAAUCCAAAACCACGACUCCAGCCCAGGCGCGCAAAUGCCAAACGGGUCCAUCCCGCCUGCUCACGCGCCAAACGGAUCCCCUCCAUCUUCAAGCGCAAAUGUCUACCAACCCCCCAUCCUGGCCGACUGGUACCCGGCGUACAUGGAAUGCGUGCGGCACUUCCUCAACCAGGCGCAGCACUCCGCGCCUGUGCAGUCGUUGGCGGCAUACAUGAACAUCCGACUCCCCUACCAACGCGCAAACCCCAUCGCGCACUUCGACGCCAAUCUCACCGAGAACGGGCAGUCCUGCGCGCAAUCCUCUCUGCGCCACUACAUCCGGCGGCUCGUCGCAACAGGGAACGACACGCCCGGCAUGCUUGAGGCAUUCUUCGGCCCGGACUGGGCCCCCGGCGUCGGCGGCAUCGCCAAGCAAGAGCGCCUGAAUUACCUCUUCACCGCGAAGAGCGCCGGGUACGCGGCUACGAAGGCUGCGUACGAUGUCCUGCCUGAUGAACAGGCGCCGUUCCUACGGCCUAUCCGCGAUGCGACGGAGGAGGAGAUCGCCAUGGCGGAGAAGUGCUGGAGUGAGUGGAUGGCGAUGGAGGAUUGGAUGGUGGGGCCGCGUAGUCCGUGGUAG